AUGGAGUACAAUUGCAAGGAGUUCAAGGUGGGUAAAUGCGAGGGAGAGAAAUUGGUUGAUGGAGAGACAAUCCCGCUGGUACUGAAUCCACGGGGAAUCGAAGAAAGGGAAGUUAAAUCUCUUGUAUCGGCUCUUAAAGAGAACAAGGAAUGGUUCGAGCAGAUGAUCAUAAAGAACAGCGCGGUUCUCCUUCGGGGAUUCGAUGUGAGGAAUGCGGAGGAGUUCAAUGAUAUCGUUGAUGUUUGCGGUUGGGAAGACAUCCGUUAUGUCGGCCCUGCACCACGCACUCAUAUUUACAAGCGGAUUUGGACAGCCAACGAGGGUCCUCUAUCUGAAUUUAUUUACUACCACCAUGAGAUGGUUUUGAUAAAAGAACAUCCCAAGAAAGUGAUACUAUUCUGUGAGGUUCCACCACCAGAAGGCGGAGAAACACCAUUUGUGCCAAGCUUCAAGGUAGCAGAGAGGAUGAUCGAAGAGUUUCCAGAAGCUGUAAAGGAAAUGGAAGAGAAAGGUCUCAUGUACACUUUCACUGCUCUCAGCAAGAACAACACUGGUUCCAUGAGAGGCAGGGGUUGGGAAGAUGCAUUUCAAACCUCCGACCGUCAAGAAGCCGAAAGAAGGGCAAAAGCUCUGGGGAUGGACAUGGAAUGGCUCCCAGACGGUGGGGUGAAGACGAUAUUGGUGCCACGACAACUGACGAGAGUGUUUGAGGGUAGGAAAGGGAGGAAGAUGUGGUUUAAUACUGUGGUUGGAAUGCAUGGGAAAGAGCUGAGCUCUGCAACAAUGGCAGACGGGACACUCAUAGCCGAUGAAGUGGUAAAGAGGUGCGGAGAGAUCAUUGAGGAAGAGAGCAUUCAGUUCAAGUGGGAGAAAGGUGAUGUGCUCUUCUUGGAUAACAUGGCUUUGCUCCAUGGAAGAAGGCCUUCCCUUCCUCCAAGAAGAGUCCUUGUUGCUACCUGCAAGUAAAAACCAACCCAGAUGCAUCUAUCUAUCUAAUUUUCGCUUCUUCUAUCACACUAUUUACUAUUCCUAAUACUAAUACUUCCCUUUGUAAUGCUAUAUCUCACAAUAAAAAGGCGGGGUAUCACC